GUUUUCAUGUUGCUAUGCAGGGCUAAUGGGAACGGAAAAUAUAUGACAACACCGCUGCAAUAAGAGGAAAAGAAAUUAUUGUGUAGUUCAACCAAAAAAUGGCAAGUUAUAUCAGGGAAGGGGACCGGCAUGGUCUUCCAUCGAUACGGAAACAUGGAUUUUUAGAUACACAGCCUUCUCCGAGAAGAAUAACUACGAUUGAAAAUGACGUCCUACACAGAGUCAGAUCAACAUCACCGGGUGCCAGAAUGUUUGCAUCAGAUUCCAGCCUACAACACCCCAGACCACCAUCCCCAAACCGUAGGCAGGUGACAGAGAUGCACGACCAAAUUAGGUCAUUAAAAGAAGAAAAUCAGAAGAAAGAUUCCUUAAUUCAACAAUUGUCAAGCAUGGAUGCAAUACCAAAAGUUCACAUCAGAUCAUCAGCUGACACACUAAGACAUGACACAAUUUUUCUUGGAGACCGCCAUGCAGUAGAAACCGCUAGAAGUGAAUUAGCAGGCCUACAAGUAAAAAAUGACAAGCUCACCAUUCAGAUACGAGAAUUUGAAGCUCAGUUAGAAUCAAAAGAAAUUAAAAUCAGAGAAUUGAGAUCAUUGUAUGAAACCAGCAAAGAAAAUGAAAUGAAGCUUACAUCAAUGUUAGAGUCUCACAGGCAGCAGAUUUUGGAACUUGAGGGUAAAGCAGGCUCUUAUGAGACCGCUGUUGGAAGGAGCGAGUUCACAGUGACUGAACUACAACGCCAAAUCAGAGAGAGCAACGAAAAAAAUCUAGAGCUGGAAUCUAGAAUUCGGAAACACCUGGAGGAGAGGGAGAGGAUAGAGAUGGGACUUCAUACAAUGGAGAAAAAGUACACAGAGGUCAUCUCUCAGUUAUCCAGCAUCAUCUCUGUGGAUGACAUGUCACAUACUACAUUCACUGUCGAAGAAAUUGUCAGAAGGAUGACAGAUCUAGUACAAGAAAAUGCAUUGUUGAAGGGUAAGAUUGUGACAUUGAAUGAAACGCUAAACAGCACAGAGUUGGAAAGCAAAGCCAGCAGAGAAACCAUCAUGAGAUUGGUGUCAGAGGUCGGCAAAGAGCAAAAGGUCGCCACAAGGUUCACAUCGGAGGUUGACAAUAUCAGACUAGAAAGAGAUACAGCUCUGACAGAGAAGAGAAACAUGGAACGGGAGAUGGCUAUGAUGGCAGAGAGACUAGAUGCCAAUCAGAGAGCACUAGAAGCAGCUAGAGAAGAACUGAAUCUGAAACAUAGCAGACUCAGUACGCUGGAUCGGGAAUACCGCUGCAAUGCUGAGGACAUCAGGAAAGUUCAAACCGAGGCUCAUCUCUUCAGAGAACAACUGGUCUCUGUUUUGUCUUCGGUUGAUGAGAGAUGCAACACGUCCAGUGACUUUAUCUUGAACAGAAUCAAGACUGUCCUCCAAGACAAUAGAGAUCUGGUCUUGAAAGUGGGAUCUCUGGAGGAGAGGAUCAAGACUCUGACAGAACAGCUGGAAACUCAAUAUGAGUUACACAAGACAGCAGCUCACAGGGCUCGCAAAGCUGAGAGUGAUCUCUUGAAUUAUGAUGAACGACUACGCAGUGCUGAGGGAGAGUUGGCAGCGGGAGAUGUGCUGAGGGACGAGUUUAAAACAGACAAAGAAAAGUAUCUGAGAGCUUUACAAAGAUUAGGAGAAAAAAUGAAAAUGGAUCGCAUCUCAAUCGACCUUGGUCUGGACAUGACCAUUGAUGCUCUGAUUUCAAGAGCAGAACAGCUAGUCAAAUUGGAACAAGACACCAUAGUGGACAAAUCUACUCACAUCUACAACCUGCAGCGCAAGGUAAAAUCCCUCAAAGAACAGCUGGAGAGCAAAGAUCUUCAUCUUGACCUUCUGAGGAAGAAGAUGACCAAUAUGGAGGAGAAACUCCUUGGAAAAACAGAAAUUCAGAAGGAGAGAGACACUGAAGUUUUCAGAAUUAGGAAACUGGAAAAACUGAUUGAGAAAUUUAAGUUCCAGAUCACAGACUUGAAGCAUGAGAACACCAACCUCAAAGCCCAGCUCCUGGGGUCUAGUGAAUUACAGAUGAGAACAAUGGAACAGAGGAGAGAGAUUGAGGAACUGGUGGCUCAGGUUGAGGAGCUGGAGGACUUAAGAAAGAAACAGUCUCACAAGAUCAAACACCUGAAGGAUGAAGUGGAAGUGUCCAGUCAACAGAACCAAGAGAAGAGGCUCGUGUCUGACAAUGCUGUACAGGCACUAUCCAGUGAACUCCGAACCAGCAAGAAUGCCCUGAAUGCAAUACAGAACAGGGAGAAGCAGCUUUUGGACUUCCGUAAUGUAGUAGCUAGAAUGCUGGGUCUCGACAUCAACACACUUGCUAUUCCUGAUUAUGAAAUCAUCUCCCGCCUUGAGAAGUUGAUCCAGGCACACCACACUCAUGCUUUUACCACCAUGAGCAUGGAGGAGGCCGUUGCAGACAUGGAAGAUGGAUUUUUCAGUGGUCAUGAGGACUACCAUCGGACGAUGGGAAACACGGAGGCAUCUAACUUCCGCCGCUCUCGAGAGCGAGUAAAAAGGAAAGCAGCCCGUGCUCGAGCACGCUCACUCUCACCAACCCGCAAAGUUGAUCCCAGGGUGUAUUGAUCAUAUUGAUGCAAAGAUUCCUCGUAAUUAUUGUAGUGAGAUUCCCAGGUAUAGCAAUCCAGGUUUAAUAUUUGUCCCAGUUUGACGAUUUUUUUUUGAAAAAGGAAAAUGCAUUUAUAACUUAGAAAUAGACCUUUAAGAUAUUGCAAUUUGCAAAAAGUAACAUUUUUUUUACGGAAAUACCCUAGAUUUAAUUCUUUUAUUCAGAACCUCUCUAACUACGCUAUCAAUAUAUUCAAUCAAAUUUCCUUAGAUCAGUCUGAAUUUCUUUCCAUUAGGGUUUUUUGUAGUAUCGUACAUUUAAAAUGAAAUAAUUUAUGUGAAAGGCACAACAUGCCGAAGUAAUUUGUAAUUAUAUACAUGUUGUUUUGAGACUAGAAUUUCUAGUGUCAUUCUGAGGUUUUUCGUUGUACUGUUGAGUAGUGUCUAUGAAGAUAAAUUAUUACUCAAGAUCUGGAAACUUUAAGACAAACACAAUUCAAGUUUUAUUGUUGAUUUUUAAACUUCUUGUUAUGCAUCAGAUUAUUUCUGAACUAUGGGAGCAGAGUUAAGAAUUUUGAAUAUUUACUGAUUUCGUGGACAUGCUUGAUGAAGAAAUCAGUUAUGAAUGAUGAAAGUGCCUGUGAAACAUACACCAUAUUCACUCACAAAAAGCUUCUUCCUCUCCACGGGUACUAGUGUAUGUGCUCGUGUAGCAGUAAUUUGAAUAUCUCCAUUAGUUCUGUCCACUUUGAAUUAGUUGGGUAUCAUUAUGAUUGGUGGUUGAUAUGCUUUUUGUAGUUGCUGAUUAUGUGUCAAUAUUUCUGUACGUUCCUGACGAGGAAUGUACAUUUUAAUAUUUAUAUAUAUAUAUUUCUUAAUAAAAGCAACUGCCAGUAA